AUGAAAAUAAUAUCGAAUAUUCCAAUAUCGUCAACCUCAAUAUUUGAAGAUUCAGAAAAAAUAGUUCCAAGUGUAGAUACAAGUGUGGAUGUACUUUGGUAUCUACAAUAUCAAAAAUUAAUACCUUUUGAAUUUAAUGAUACUCAAACAUCAUUUUAUUGCACUAAAGAAUACACAACAGUGAUUACAUAUAAUUUCUCUUUCUUUAUUUUUUUUUUUUUUUUUUUUUUUUUUUUUUUUUUUUCUAUUUUUCAGCACCUAAGGGAGAGAACAAUUAAAAUCGCACAGGCAACAUUUUUUUCGUUUUUUUAUCUUUUUUUUUUUUUUUUUUUUUUUUUUUCAAAAAACCCACAAACAACAAACAAUAAUAAAUUAUUUUGGAAAGUUUUUAAAAAUUUAUAUUUAUUAAAUAAUAUAUUAAAAAAUAAAUGUUGUCAUAAAAGUAAAAAAUUUAAAACUAUUACAUCAAUAGGUUCAAUGUUAAAACAUAAACAAUAUCAACUGUUGAUAUAUAAAUUAAAAGUAAAUGAAAAUUUGUACUUAAAGAGUGCAUAUGAAAAUGAUAAAAUCAUGAAUCAAAUAAAAGAUAUAGAAGUAUUCAAAGAGAUAUAUUCAUUAUUACUUUUUAAAGGUUAUCGAGAUGUUAAAAAUUUAUUUGAUACUAUCUGGGGCAUAAAAUCAGUAGAUUUAUUUGAUAUUCAUUUAAAAUAUCAUCCAGAAGAAUUACAAACCUAUAUUCCAUCAAUGAUAAAAUCAAUCUUUCGACUUAAUCACCCAAAAUUGUUAAUGAGAGUUUUAGAUUAUUAUGAACAAUACCUCAAUGAUAAUAAACCAUUCACUUUAACAAAAAUCGAAAGAAAUUAUUUCAUUAUGGACUGUAUUUCAUGUAAUGGCUUUGAAGAUCUUGACAAUCAUGAAGAAAUUAAAGAAAAGAUUAAAAUAAUAUUGAAUAUUCCAAUUUCAACAACAUCAAUAUUUAGAGAUCUAUGUGAUCUUGAGAUAUUUUCAAGAACAGAUACAAAUGUGAAUGUACGUUUUAAUAAUAUUCGAACGUCAUUUUAUUAUCCAGCAGAAAAUUUAGGUCACAAUAUUAAAAUACCACACAAACCAUUACUACCAAAAUUUGAAAAAAUUAGAGAGUCAGUUCGUCAUAAAGAUAUGGUUUCAAGUUUUUGUUAUGGAUUUGAUAAAUGUAUUAAGGAGCACAUAGAAGAUGUUAAAGGAGAAUUAGAGUAUAUCUCUACAUCAAUUAAUUCAGUUUUAUUAUAUUUUAAAUUAUAUUAUUGCAACUAUUAUUAUGGAGGUAAAUCAAAAAGUAUACCAACAUCUAUUCAAACUCAAAUUGAUAUAAUAAUUCAAAAUAAUAAACAUAGACGUUGUACGCUAUAUCAAUCAAUUAAACAAUUAUUUCAACUAUUAAUCAAUGAAACUGAAUCAAUUGUUUUAUAUGCAUGUUAUUUAAAAGAAUAUAAUGAACCAAUUGAUAAUAUUGAACCUGAUGAAGAAAUGAUAAUAGUAUUACUCUAUUUCAUGACAAAAACCUAUAACACCAAUAUAUUAAAGUUUCUAUUGAAAAAACAUAUAAAAAUCAAUUUAAAAAAAUCAGAAUUAGCCAGUAUUAGUAGAUCAUUUCUCAAUAUUUUAUUCAAAGAUAAUCAAAUUAAUAAAAACAAUAUUAAUAAAUUCAACAAAAUCUACAUAUCACAAAAAUCAAUCAUUAUAGAAAAUAUUGAUGAAAGGCUAUUAAAUAAUAUAAAAUCGAAAAAGGAGCAGGAGGAUAUAGCUUUAGGUGAUAAACAGUUGAAUUCCAUUUUAUGUAGUAAAUCAUCAUCGAAAUGGAAAGAAAUUACAUCAAAUCUAAUUGAUAAUGAUAAGAUUGUUACAAUUAAAGAUAAAGAAACAAUCGAUUGGUUAUCAGAUAUAGAAACAGGUGGUGGUUGUAGUAUUUUAAAUAUAAGAAAUGCUUUACAUUCAAAAUUAAAACAAAUGAAACUUGAUUUUAGUACAUCAGAAUUAUUAGAAUAUGCAAGAAUCAAAUUUAAGCAAGUAAUUCCAAUUUUAGAUUCAAAUAAAGAGUUGUGUAAUAUUCACAUUUUACGUACUCAUGAUGAUAUUGUAUCAUUAAUCAAUCGUUUAAACCAAUCAAACUUUAAUGAUAAUGAAAAUUUAUUUAAAUAUUAUAUGAUUCAACUAAUUCAAUUUGGUUCAAGAAAUUCAAUUAAAUAUCUAAGAUUAAUUUGUGAUUCCACUGACGAAUUUUAUUCAGGUUAUGAUGGUUUGGGUGGUUUAGUAGUUAGUAUUUUCGAUUAUAAGGUUAUUAAGUUUUUUACAAACUCAUACUCCUAUAAUGCAGAUGUUUCAGAGGAUUCACUUGGUUAUUAUCAAAAUGAAGAAUUCAACAAAUACAAAAUACCAACUCAACAAACAUGUCAAAUAAUCAAUCUUACUAAAAUUAAAGUUAAAGUUAAUCUCUUUCAAUAUGAAACCUCUAAUUUAUUUCAAACAUUUAUCAAACUUUUAAAUUUUGAAGGUGUUCAAUUUAUUCUUGAUAAUUUAAAUGGUAAACAUUUAGAAUUAAAUACAGAACCAUUUCAAGAUGGUUUUCAUGAUAGAAUCUAUACAUGCAAAUAUUUAUAUAAAGAUUUAAUUGAAAUGAUUCAAUUUUUAAUCGAUAAAUUCAAAGAUGGUCAAUUAUCAUUAUCAAAUUUAUCAUUGAUAUUGAAUUACUUAUUUUUAAAGUUAAUUAGAGUCAAUAAUUUAACAAUUGAUCAAAUCAAAACAGCUCAUCAAUUAAUAUCAAACUAUAUUAAAAUAGAUAGUUCAAAACACACAUCAUACUAUUAUUUAAAAACAUUAUCACCAAUUAUUGAAUCAUGUAUUACAAUUAUUAAAGAUCCUGCAAAUGGUUUUAAAAAAGGAACACCAUUCUGUGGUUAUAAUAUAGAUGCAUCAGUGUAUACAUUCAAAAAUAUAUUUAAAAAUAGAAAUAAUAACGAUUUAAACCAAUUUAUCGAUUCAACAAUCAUAGAUAUUGUAAAAGAUGGUUUUAAUAUGGAAAUAUUUUCCAAAAUGUUAUAUAAUAAUAAUAAUAAUCCAAGAAUUAAUUUAUUUUUACAUUAUUUCGAAAUGGAAUUAGAAAAAAGAAAAACAAAUGAAAUCAAAAAACCAUUUUUAGAUUAUAAACUAUUGAAGCUAAUAAUUAAAACAUUUGAUUUAGAAUCAUUUAUUAAAUUAGAUAAUUUAUUACAAAAAUAUGAAAUCUAUUUGAGAAGAGAUAUUCAUAAUGUUGUUAAUGGUGAACAAGAGGAUGCAAAUGAUGAUGGUGAACAUGUAAAUUCAAUAACCAAACAAUUGGAUGAAUAUGGCAAACCAUUAUCAACUAAUAUGGUUGAAUGGUUUGGUACAAUUAUAUACAAAGAUUAUUCAGAUUAUCAAGAUAUUAUAAAUCACUUAUUUAAUAAAUAUAAACACCAAUUAGAACCAUAUAUAUAUUACUAUAAAUUAAAACUUUUAAAUCAAAAUCUGGUUAAGACUAUUAGUUAA